AUGAGACGGAGAAAUGAUGAUGAUAAUUCCGACCAAGAUCCCAAUUCAAAUGACAAAUAUCAGAAUGAUGAAGAUUUAAAUGAAAAGAUUCAAGAAAUUGAAGAAGACAUACAAAAAGACAAUGAAGAUGUCAAAUCACUUAACGAUGAAGAACAAAUCGAGGAAACCCGCAAAACAUAUGAGGAAAAUGACGAUUUAAUUGAUCAAAUUCAAGAUGAAAUCAAAGAAUGUGAAAAUCAAGUCAAUGAUAUUCACGAAUUUGUGGCAAAUUUGGAUGAUAAUGAGAAUGAAAAUGAUGAAUCUGACGAUAAUUCGGACGAAUCAAGGGACAACGAUAAUUAUGAAAAUGAUGAAGUGAAUAAAGAGGACAUAUUCAGUCCAAGGAAAACCAGGAGUAGUAAAUUCAAGAUGGAAUAA